AAACUAGUUAACAUAAUAUCGAUAGUUGCCACCAAAUUUCAAUGUUUCAUCUCUAUAUAACUUUUGCCGCGAAAUUACUAUAAAAACAAGAAAGUUGUUAAACAUUAAAUAAAUAAUCAUUUCAAUGGCUACAAAACGAGUUUUGUCGCCUUCCAAAGAAGAAAAUUCGAAUUCUCACAACUGCUCACUAAAGAAAUUUAAACCAUUGGAUGAGUUCACGGGACUGGAUAAUAAUGACUGGGACACAAGCGUCUUUGAUUUUGAUUUAGCGGUGGAAAGUGCUUUGGAGUCUGUCUCCGAGCACUGCUUGGACCUCAGCCAAUGGCAGCGCUGUCAGGUGGAGCAGGUAGAAUGGAUGCCAAAUUCCAAAGAGUUUAAGCUCUUGGUCAAAAAGUGCUCUCGCACUGAUGAGCGGCCAGAAACAGCCUUGUGCCACUUGCAGACUCCAUGGACCUCCAUGCGUCUGAAAGUGGGCGACACUGUAUCCCUUUUGGCCAAAUGGCACUCAUCGUUAGGCGCCCAUUUAGUAAACAAGGACUAUGGUUUCUGUGUCGCCCACCCAGAUUUACUGAUUUCUGCAACCACACUCACCGGCUCACUAUUUUGUCGACGGAAAUCGGUAAUCCAGGAGAGAUUUCGUGGUCUGGAUGCAGGAAGUUCCGUUAUGGUCAUUGGCACUUUGGUUCACGAACUGCUGCAGAACGUACUUGUUGGGAAGCUCUCCACCAAGGAUGACCUGCAGUUGGCUCUCCAGAAAAUGCUGAGCAGCUCGUCAUUGGUCCAUCUGCUGUAUGCCAACAACCUAAGCCAGGCAGAGGUAGAAUUGCAGCUUCGCACAUUCUUAGAUCCUAUUUCCCGGUUUGUUUCCCAUUAUAUAAACGGUGAAGCUCCUGACAGAUUUCCUUCAGAAGCCUUCCAGGGACGCAUCCAGGAGAUUCGUGAUAUCGAGGAGAACCUUUGGGUGCCUCAGUUGGGGCUGAAGGGAAAAGUGGACGUCUCAGUAAGAGUCAAGAGUCCCAAUCAAACGGAGAAGACUAUUCCGUUGGAGCUAAAAACUGGAAGAGCUAGUUUCUCCAUGGAGCACAAAGGACAGCUGCUUCUCUAUGAGCUCAUGCAUUCGGUACUGGGCAAGGAUACCCAGUCUGGCCUGCUUUUGUACAUCAGGGAGGGACUCCUGCGAGAGGUGCCCAGCAGCAGAAACGAGCAAAGGGAUUUGGUACUACUACGUAAUGAUCUAGUUUAUUGGUUGACGCGAGAGGUGUCUACUGGUUUGGAAAACACUGAUCCUCUGCCGCAGCUGCAGCUGCCGGAACCUAUAUACCAUCACAGCGCAUGUGGUAACUGCGCCUACAACACGAUAUGUUCCAGUUUUGCUCAAAGUGAUAAUAAACUUGAGCUUAAUGAAUCGCAUCCUAUUAAAAAGCUCAUGCCGCAGCUGCUGAGUCACCUUUUGCAACGCGAUCACGACUAUGUACAUCAUUGGUGCAGUGUGCUGGCACUUGAAGAGCAACACAAUCGCCAAUCCAACCAAUUUGCUCCUUUUUGGACAGAAGAUGCGCGCAUUAGGCAAAAACAAGGCCGGGCCAUGGGUCAUUUGAAACUAAGGAGUGGUCAAUUGGUUGACAUGAAAGGAGGACGUUUUAAGCAGAGCUUGGAGCUUAACGAGGAAGCAGAUUUAAGUCUGGAUUUAAGACUAAGUGGGUUUGACUUGGACGAAUAUGUGGUGGUCAGCUCCAGUUCCCGCCUGGCCGUCGCAUCUGGCUUUAUAGAUUUGUUGGAAAAGCGGCACUUGGUGUUAAGGCUGGAUCGUGAUCUCAGUAAGACGUAUGAAGGAGAAACUUUUAUUGUGGACAAAAACGAAUCUCAGAACUUUUCUACUUUUAAUUACACUAAUUUGGGUUUGCUUCUCUCUGACGAACCCCGGUUCCAGAAGCUCCGAGAAAUCGUAGUGGCGAAAAUACCUCCAACGCAAAGUAAGAUUCUGCCUGCCCUUAUAUUAACAAAAGGGGCCAAAAUGCUCUUAGCGCUAAACAAAAUUCAAAGAGCUGCGGCGUUAAGAGCUCUAACUACCAGUAGCCAUCUUUUGAUCAAAGGUCUUCCUGGCACUGGAAAAACACAGACUUUGGUUUCCUUGGUUCGUGUGCUUCAUCUUCUCGGCAAGAGUGUGCUAAUCACAGCCCAUACCCACUCGGCUGUAGAUAAUCUACUGUUGCGUUUGUUGCCUUUUAAUUUGCCUUUGAUGCGCCUUGGCUCCAAUUCGCGGAUUCAUCCGCAGCUGGAAGAAAUAAGUGAAGCGCGGCUUACACAGGACUGCACUUCUGUCGAGGAAUUGGCAAAAGUUUUGGAGCAGCCUUCAAUUGUAGGUGUGACCUGUUUAGGAACCAGCCAUGCUCUUUUCCAAAGAAGGAACUUUGAUUACUGCAUCGUGGAUGAAGCUACACAAGUGUUGCAACCAACCGUCCUUCGGCCGCUGAGCUUCUGUAGCAAAUUCGUCCUCGUUGGUGAUCCGAAACAGUUGCCACCAGUGAUUCGCUCCAGCGAAGCUCGGCAAAGAGGUGCAGAGGAAACGCUCUUUCACAGACUCGAUUCACAGGAGGCCACGGCAGUCUUAAGUCUGCAAUAUCGGAUGAAUAAGACCAUAACCAGACUGGCCAAUGAGCUUACCUACGCUGGACAGUUGCAGUGUGCCUCGGAAACAGUUUCUGGAGCACGUUUGCAGCUUCAACCUUCAAUAAAAGCACCAAAGUGGGUCCAAAAAGUUUUACAAACCCAUCUGGAUCAAGCAGUCUUUUUUAUCAACACAGGAGACUGCCUGGAACGCUGUGAAAAGCUUAUUAACGCUUGCAUGAUGACCACUAGUUCCUUCAUCGAUCAAAAAUAUGAAGACCAAGGAGAGAAACCGAAAAACAAGUGCAAAAAGCGCGUUUCUAAGUACGCCAACGUUUGUGAGGCUGGGGUUGUGAUGCACCUACUUCGUUACUUACUUAAAUCUGGAUUCGAUGCCUCCCAAAUUGGAGUAAUAGCUCCAUACCGCGCCCAAGUGGAACUCGUAAAGAAGCUAGUCUCCAAAUUGGACCCCAUCCUUGAAUGCAACACUGUCGAUCAGUACCAAGGCAGGGACAAGGACCUUAUUAUCUACAGCUGUUCCAAAACGGGAAGCAGAGUCCUCGAUAUGGAGCGUUCAAGAGAGUCGGAAAUCCUGGAAGAUCAGCGUCGUUUGACCGUGGCUAUCACCAGAGCCAAGUGUAAGCUAAUUUUAAUGGGCGACAUUAAAUGCUUGGAGCAAUAUGGUCCCUUCAGGGAACUCUUUAAGCACAUACCGGAGCGGUGUCGCCUUAAAUUGCAAGAUGGUCAUUAUGAUUUUGCCUGGCACCAAAUUUCAGAAGAGCUGGAUUUUAUUUAAAAGGUAAAUUUUUAUUUUAAUUAAAAAAAAAUGAUAAAACAGUAUAUUUUUUAUAGUAGCUAAGUUAUUUUAUUUUAUUUUUUAGAUUUUAUUUAAAAGGUUAAUUUAUUUAUUGUUAAUUUUAUAUUAAUUGUAAACAAAAAAUUUUAACACUUCGCUUGUUUGCAUAAUAAACCUGAAAAGUAAAUAAAGAAUAUUGUUUUUUGGUACAUAGCCGC